GUGCCACCUCCAGGGGGUGACAGAGGCGCCACCACCCCGCGCUGGCCCCGCCCGGGGUCCCCCAAGCUCUCCCCGUUGCCCUUUUAAGCCUCCCGCCGUGGUCCCCACCUGUUCGCCAUCGCCCCUUUAAGCCCCGCCCUCCCCAUACCGGAAGCGGAAGUGGCGCCGCACACGUGGGCGGGACCGGCUCCGCUCCCGGGGCCGCCAUGGCGGCGGCGCUGGAGAAGGACGCGGAGCUGGACCGGAGAAUCGCGGCGCUGCGCAGGAAGAACGAGGCCCUGGUGCGGCGCUACCAGGAGAUCGAGGAGGAUCGGCGGCGGGCGGAGCGUGAGGGGAGGGCCGAGAUCGAGGAGGAUCGGCGGGCGGGCGGAGCGACAAGCGCAGCCCCAAGCAGCAGCAGCAGCAGCAGCAGAGACCCCCAGGACCCCCGGGACCCCCCGGGACCCCCCCCCAGAAUUUCGGGGCGCCCCCCGAGGGGGGGGGGGAGGGGCCGGGCCCGGGGGUUGGGGGGGGGGAGGGGCGGGGGACCCGGCCCCGCAGGGCCCGGGGGAGGGGGGGGAGGGGCCGGGGGCGACGGCGGCGACCGAAAAUCCCAGGAGUGGGAGCAGCGGCGGCUGCAGAACAUUGAGCAGAUGAACGAGGAGAUGGAGAAAAUCGCGGAGUACGAGCGGAGCCGCAGGGAGGGGCUGCAGGACCGGAACCCCGUGCGGAACUUUCUGGACGAUCCCCGGCGCUGCGGCCCCGAGCCGGGGGGGGGCCCUGGGGGGGGCCCCCGGCGCCACCAACGCAACUGGGGGGGCCCCGACUUCGGCAAGGCCACGGCCCGGCGGGGCGGGCGCUCCCGUUUCUCUCCGGGCUCUCCCCCCCUGGACCCCACGCUCUGGAUGACCGGGAGGCAGCGCGCGGAGCACGAGCGCUGGAAGCGCGAGCGGGAGCGAAUCGACCGCGAGCGGCUGCAGCGGCACCGCGACAACAGCGGCGCCUGGCGGAGGGAGUGGGACGCGCAGAAACCCGGCGGCCUGUUCUCGGGGGUCCCGGAGGAGCCGGAGGGGGGAGGGGCCCCCCUGGGCCCCGCCCCUCCCCCCCCCACGCUGGGGGAGUUCCUGCCCCUCCCCCACCGCGCCCGGCGCAGGCGGGGCCGCCCCAGGGGGGAGGGGCGGCCCUACAGUUUCCACGACGAUCGCUGGGAGCCGCCCCCGGAGCCGCCCCCGGAGCCUGAGAGGGCCCAGGUUCCCCAGAAGGUUCCGGAAGGCGGCGCCGCGGCCCCGGGGGGGGUCCCGGGGGGCUCCCAGGAGGACUCGGACCAAUGGGAGGAUGUGAGCGAGGAGGAGGAGGAGGAGGAGGAGGAGGAGGAAGGGCCCGGCCCCGCCCAGCGCGAACCUGAGACCCCCAGUGACCCCCCCAGUGACCCCCCCGGCCCGCCCCCCCCCGCCCCUCCCCCAGCCCAGGGGGGGGUCCCAGAGCCGCCCCUCCCCCCCCCCGAGCCCCUGCCGGAGCCGCCCGGAGACCCCGGAGCGAAACGGGACCCCCCCCGACGCAGGGCCGGGGGUGGAGAUCUCGGAUUUCCAGAGGGUUCGUUUCCGAGGAGCCGGCGACCCCCCCCAGGUGUGACGGGGGGGGGACCCCAAAUCCCACCUGAGCCCCCCCAGGUGUGACCGGGACCCCAAAAACCCCAAAUCUCACCUGGGGGGGGCCCCAAAAUUCCCAAAUCUCACCUGGGGGGGCCCCCAAAAUUCCCAAAUUUCACCUGGGGGG